UAGCUUUGGGUUUGGUUUUUGCCAUUCUUCGUCCUAGGGCCCACACUAAGCAAAUCAGCCUUGCCUCACCACCUACCACAGGAACCGGGUCCUAUAAGAGGGCUAAGGAGGCAGACCCAAGUGGUGGGGGACAAAGGAAGAAUGACCCUCACAUGAAGAGCAUUAAGGCCAAGAAUGUGAUAUGCGAGCAGUAA